GCACAGUACACUGAUUUUCAUUUUUUUUUUUUACUUUUUGUUUGUGUUAGGCUGGUCUUGCGUCUAAUUUUUAUUAUUAUUUUGUAUCGUUUUCUUCAUCUUGAAUAUAUUUUCAUGAUUAUGUUUUAAUUCAAUAGUUUGAGCGAAUUGUCAGGAACUUGAUCGCUUGUUGUUUCGUAUACUGUCGCUUACAGACUUAAAUUAUUUAAAAUGGUCACUGAAAAACCAAAUAUGUUCAAAAACCAAGAUAAAACCACUGGACUAUAUAAAAUUGCUGCAAAAAUAUUAAAAAAAGUCAAAACCGGUAGCAGUUAUAAGACUCAGCUUUACCAAGCACAAUAUCCAAAUAAAUUAUCAUUGAAUGCAGUACUAAUGAAUGUGUAUAAAUGGGAAAAGGUGAUAGACGUGUUAAUAGAAAAAAGUAAUAUAUUGGAAAAAGAAAAUAAUAUGGACCGGGAUUUAGUGUAUGUACUUAUCACUGAAAUGAUGUGGUCAAAAUUUGGAUUAAAAGGCACUGCUAAAAAUAUAUUAGCUAUAAAAAAAUAUAAAGCUGAAUUUUCAAAACUUAUGAAAGAAAAUGAUUUAGAAAAACUAUGUACUUCCACGUAUACUAAAGGUUUAAAACCUAGGUUUUUCCGCGUUAACACAUUAUUAACUACGUUAGAAGAAAUUUUGGAAAAAUUAUCAAAACUUAAAUUUAUUAAAUUAAAAUCGCCAAAAUCUUAUGUUGAGUUUUUGGAAUUAAUCAAAUCUGACAAGUUCAAAGGAAAAAACGUCUUUGUUCAAGAUAUUCACAUUAAAGAAUUAUUAGUUUUCAAUUCAAAAGUGAAGUUUUAUGAAAUUGAAGAGUACAAGAAUGGAUCUUUAAUUGUUCAAGAUAAGGCAAGCUGUUUGGCUGCAUACUUAUUGAAUCCAGAACCAAAUAGUACUGUGUUAGAUAUGUGUGCUGCUCCUGGUAUGAAGACAUCUCAUUUAGCUGCUAUUAUGCAAAAUACAGGUAAACUCUAUGCUGUUGAUCGCUGUAAGGAUAGAUUCAACAUCAUGCAAAAAAUGUUGGAAAAAUAUGGUGUACAAAAUGCAGAAACAUUCAACAUGGAUGCAUUAACUUUUCCAUAUUAUGAUGAUGUUAAAUACAUAUUGUUGGAUCCAUCAUGUUCUGGUUCUGGUAUUGUUGAUAGAGUUCGUAAUGAUUCAUCAGGGCAAAAUCAAAAUUUUGAAUCAAGAUUAAAAAAAUUAGCUAAUGUCCAUGCUCAGUUAUUAAAUCAUGCAUUAAAAAGCUAUCCUAAUUUAGAACGAUUAGUUUAUUCCACAUGCUCUGCAAAUCACGAAGAAAAUGAAGCUGUUGUUGACGAAGCUUUAUCUGUUAAUGGAAAAUUUAAGCUUUUAAAUUGUACCAAAAUAGUGGAAGGCUGGACAAACAAAGGAGCUCCCGGUUAUGAUUGUUCAGAAAUGUGUCUUAAUGCUGUUCCAAGUGUUGAUUGUACUAAUGGAUUUUUUAUUGCUGUAUUUAUUCGUCGGGAUUUAGAAUACAAUGAAGUUGCUGUAAAAGAGGAAAAUAUUGAAGAUGAAGAAGUUGUUGAAGAGGAAGAAAAUAUUAAAGAUAUUGAAGAUGUCAUAAAGGAAAAAGUUGUUGAAGAUAUUGAAAUCGUCAAAGAGGAAAAAGUUGAAAAUAAUGAAAUUAUUGAUAAAAAGGUUAAAAGAGUUAAAAAGUCAAAUAUCCAUAAUACUGAAAACAAUUUAGAGAGUAAAUGUCAAAAUAUAAAAAACAAAAAUAUUGAAAGUACAUCAUUAGUAAAAAGUAAAAAUGCAAAACGAAGAGAAAGAAGACUCAAACUGGAAAAAGCAAACAAGUCAAGUGGCCUACAAACCACAAAAAAGAAACAAAAAAAAGUGAAAUCAGAAGAAACUUAAUUCUUGUGUUAUAUUAUUAUUGA